AUGUUGGAAGUUAUUGUCUUUAUCUAUAGCCGGGGUGUUAUCCAUUUCGACCUUGCUCUACGACAGUUCUUCAUCGAUGACAACUUUGAUCUACGACUUAGCGAUUUCAACUCUUCGCAAUGCCCUGGUCAUAUAGCGCUUGGCUAUGAGAAAGCUUCACACUGCUUACCGCAAGAUUAUGCACUUCUUAACACCGAAGCCUCCGACAUCUUUGCCCUAGGAUCUACCCUUUCUGAGCUAGUUACUGGCGAAGCCCCUUAUAGCGAACUUUACGGGCCAAAAUCUGACGAUCCAGAUAUCAUCGAAGCUCGACUCCAACGACAGGAUGUGAUAGACUAUGGUAUUGAAACACCCUACAAAAAUGGCAAUUGCCCGGAUGUCGCUGAUAUAUUUGGGGGGGAAGUCCUAUUAGGUUGUUGGAGAGGGGAGAUUUCUACCGCUCAAGAAGCACUUGAUUUGUACUUGCACAGCUCCUAA